AUGGCGACAGUAUACUUGGUGAAUUGCGGAACGGAUGCGGAGGUAGCGGAAGAUGAAGAGUCGCCGUACGUAUCAGUGGUGGUGGAGGGGGUGCCUGAACUUCUGCGGGAGAUGUUCCGGGCUCGGUUGGGUAGCGAGCGGGACUACGAAGGCGAGAUGUCAAUUGUGGUCUACGACGACCAGGAGCAGGAGCUGAGUGUGCAUCAGCUGCAAGAGCUGGUGCAGAACUUUAUGCCCUGCUUGAACAUUGCGGUGACCGGAGUGGAAGGCUGGCGGGCGACGGUGCGCGCAACGCUUGAAGCAGCGGCGCACAGCGGAAGAGCGAACGGGAGUCAGUACUGGAUGUACGCGGAGAGUGCAGGCGAGCACUCGCGGUGCUCAUUUAAAAUGUACUCCAUGGCAAAGCACCUCUCGUCUCUCGGCGAUACACAUGGGGAAAAAAGUAAUGAAUACCGGAGGUACCUCAUGAGGCACGUGAACCCUUCGGACCUUGUGGUGGUGCCUCACGACGACAACCAUUACUGGUCGUUGCUCGAUACGUGGUCGUUCAAUGCACACGCACUGGAUAUUGUGGAACUCAUAUGGUGUGCGAAGUUGGUGAUCUCGAAGCUUUGCACGGCCGCGGCGACUGCUUGUCCUGAGCCAGUGGGGAUCAUCCUGCUGCUGCUGCACCUGGAAUGCAGCUACCACCAGGGGAAUAAAUUCCACAACUUCAGACACGCGGUGGAUGUUAUGCAGGCAACAUACCAGCUUUGCGAUUUGCUAAAACUGGAUCCGGGUAUCUCACUGACGCUCUGUAUCUCCGCAAUUGGACACGAUGUGGCACACCCGGGCACGAACAACGCGUUGAUGUGUAAAUAUGGAUCUCCUGUUGCGAAGCACUACAAUGGCGUCUCUGUGCUGGAGAACUUCCACAGCGAUGUCUUCAUUAGCAUAUUAGGCCAACACUGGCCCGAAUUCUCUGACGUUGUGCAGCGGCAAGCGAUAAGAGAUGCUAUCAUAUCCACCGACAUGGCGUUACAUGAGCAGUAUCUCCUUAAGCUGAGGUCCUGUGGUACACGAUCUUUGCGAGAAGAUAUCCCAUUACUGACAUCGCUGAUAAUAAAGGCGGCUGACAUUUCCAACGUCUCGCGUCCUCUUAUAAUUUCUGCCCAAUGGGCAGUUCUGAUAUCUUAUGAGUUUGAUCACUGCACCUUUCUCGAAAACAGACUGAAGAAUGAACCUCAUAACGAGGGCGAAGGUAUGAUGGACGAUCUGGAUAGGGUACCGGACUCUAUAGACGAGAUAGUGUCAAAGUUCCCUGGGAUACCCGGAGGCCAACUUUUCUUCAUCACGACCUUCGUAGAAGGUUUAUUUGCAGGUCUGGCUGAAAAAUUCGGAGAACUCAAGUUUCUGAGUGACAAUGUACAAUCUAACAAGAGUUUUUGGCUCCAGCUGGUGUAA